AAAGCUGAGCCGUCGAUGUCUUGCUCCUCUUUUCUUCCUCCUCCACCCGACCCGGACGGCCUCUGUCCGUCCGCCCGUUCCUCUCCGGGGUCCAGAGGCUCGGGCGGCGAGGCUCCUCCUCCCGGUCCAGUUAUUGAUGUUCUUGAUAGUUGGUCGGACGUUUCGUUCGCUCGGUUGGUUCCAUGCAACAUGUGCUCUCCACUUCAUCAUGGGGCUAGCCUUAUGACAGACAGAAGUGAUGGACCAAUUGGUAGUCUCCCUGAACAUCUCCUUGUAGAAAUAUUCACUCGGUUACCAAUCUGUGAGUGGGUUCAAAUAUCAUGUGUCAGCAAGCAUUGGGCAAGCUUAUUUCAAGGAGAAUACUUGUGGCAAACCGCUAUUGCAAGGAACUGGCCAUCAGUUGGUUUCCGAAAACGCUGGCCUGGACCAAUUCCCAGAGGUUCUGCUAGGAGGAGAUUCCAAGCAUUGUAUGUCUGCGAGAACCUUGUACCAUCUGGCGGGGAGAUCGAUGAGCUUGUUGGUCACACUUAUCUCUAUUUGAAACAACAGCUUGAGCGCCUUGCUGUUCCUCCUUCGAGCAUACUUCAUGGCACCAUCAUUGAUCAGUUCAUUGCUUGUGGUAGGACAGGAGAAAAGGCCCAUGAACUUGCUUCCAAGAUCUGGCUUGCAGUGAUUGACAACUUGGAGGAAAACCAGCAAACUUUCAUGCUGUUAAAACACCUUGCGCAAGAAGGAGAAUUUUUCCUUCCAUUCCCGUAUUCAAGAUCAUAUAAAGUACUAUGGAGGGUAUUUGACAAGCUGUUCACCGACUUCCCUGACUGCUUCAGCCGGGCAGAUUACCAUGAUGCUCUAACUAGUGCAAAGUCUAGGUUUCAGGCAGUACCUUCUUCAUGGCUUGGAUAUUAGCACACAGUUGUUGUUCUUGUUGUUGUGUACUGUGUACAGUAUUAAAGUAGAUGCUAUACAUCCCAAAGUGAAAAUCUGGAUGCCAAAGGGUGGCAGUUCCAAUGGAUGACCUGUAUGUAUUGUUUGAUUGCAAAAGUCCAUGUUCUUGUAAGUUCUUAAAAAUUGUUCAUUUCCCUAA